CGGGGCCGGGCCGUGGCAGGGGGCGGGCAUGGGCGGCGCCGGCUCCGUGAUGCGGCUCGGCGUCGCCGCGCUGCCGCGGGAUCGCUCCUUCCGCUGCCUCCCCGCUCGGGACGAGCGCUGGGAAGCGCCGCCGCCGCCGCGGGCCGGGGCCAUGUUGGGCGGCGGGGCCAGGGCGGCCAAGCCGUCCUUCGUGUCGUACAUCAGCCCGGAGCAUCACUUCACGUUCUGCUCGGAAAUACACAUAAAGGAACCCAUAGAAAAGGAAGUAAAUCCUCACUUACUACCAGGUGAACUGCUGCUUUGUGAAGCCAGCACAGUGUACAAGUACAUGCAAGAAGACGGGUCAAAUCGUGGCACUUACGGGAAACUCGUGUGCACAAACUUUAAAAUUUCUUUCCUUGAUGAUGAUUCUGCUUCAGAUGAUAAUGAGCCACAAUUUAAGAAUAAGAUUGUAGGAGAAAAUGACAUAACUCUGCAAUGCGUAGAUCAAAUAUAUGGAGUUUAUGAUGAGAAAAAGAAACUUCUAACAGGACAGCUAAGAAAAUACCCUGAGAAGUUAAUUAUCUACUGUAAAGACCUUAGAGUAUUUAACUUCUGCCUGAGGUACACAAAAGAAGAGGAAGUGAAAAGGAUCGUCAGUGGUAUAGUUCACCAUAGCCAGACUCCUAAGCUGCUUAAACGUUUGUUUCUGUUCUCUUAUGCAUCAGCUGCUCCAAACAACACAGAUGGGAGAAACCAAACUGUGAUGUUUGAGACCCUCGAGGACUGGCGUGAUGAGCUGGAGCGGACCAAAGGAAAUGUGAAAUACAAAGCAGUGACCACCAAUGAAGGCUACAGAGUCUCUGAAAAGCUGCCUUUGUAUUUUGUUGUUCCCAUAUGCAUUUCUGAAGAGAGUAUCUUGAAGUAUGAAGGCAGAGGCAUUCCUAUUUGGUGUUGGUCUUGCCAUAAUGGUGCUGCUCUUCUCAAAAUGUCCACAUUUCCCAAAGAACAGGAUGACAGCACUUCACAAAUGCAAAAGGCCUUCUUGGAUGGAAUCUAUAAGACAAUUAGCAAACCUCCCUAUGAGCUCCUGAAACUCGAUGACUUGUCAAGCAGCCUUCCAUCUCUGCAAGAUAUCCAGACUGCAUAUACAAGAUUUAAACAGCUGUUUUUGAUAGAUAACAGUACAGACUUCUGGGCAACUGAUGUGAAAUGGUUUUCAUUACUGGAGAGCACAAACUGGCUAGAAAUAAUCAGGAGAGUCUUGAAGAAAGCAAUAGAAGUUGCUGAGUGUCUGGAAAUACAGCAUACAAAUGUUCUCCUCAUAGAAGAGAGUGCUACUGAUCUGUGCUGUGUAAUCUCAAGUCUGGUUCAAGUGAUGAUGGAUUCAUACAGCAGAACAAAGUCAGGGUUUCAGAGCCUUAUUCAGAAGGAAUGGGUGGUUGGAGGACAUGGCUUUUUGGAUCGUUGUAACCACUUACACAAAAGUGAGAAAGAGGAGGCUCCUGUUUUUCUGCUCUUGCUGAAUUGUGUUUGGCAGCUGGUACAACAGUAUCCUCCAGCAUUUGAGUUCACAGAAACUUACUUAACUGUCUUGUCAGACAGCCUCUAUGUGCCUAUUUUUAGCACUUUCUUCUUCAACUCUCAACAUCAAAGAGACACUAAUAAGAGUGGAGAAAGCCUCAAGACACAAAGUGGUCCUUUCAGAUUCCUUACUGUGUGGGACUGGGCUGUGCAGUUUGACCCCAAGGCCCAGGCUUUUCUGAACAACCCUCUUUAUGCAGAGAAACCAAAACCAGAUAAAAGUCAACGGAAGACUUCACGGUUCAAACAUCAACGGCAACUUUCUUUGCCACUGACACAGGCAAAGCCUUCCACGAAGAGAGGAUUUUUCAGGGAGGAAACAGAUCAUUUAAUUAAAAACAUUCUGGGCAAAAGAAUUGGCAAGUUCAUAAAUUCUGCAGAUGAACCCCCUAAUAGCGUAAGGGAGUUUUAUGAUAGCUGGCAUAGCAAGCCUGUUGACUACCACGGUCUGCUGUUGCCGCGCAUCGAUGGCCCCGAGAUCAAAGUCUGGGCACAGCGUUACCUACGAUGGAUUCCUGAGGCCCAGCUUCAUGGUGGUGGAACAAUAGCUACAGCUGCCAAGAUUUUGGACUUGAUGGAGGAGGUGCAAAGCUUGCAGGUGAAAAUGGAUGAAGAACACAGUCAUGCUGUUUCUGGAGACAUACAUUCUGUUCCCAUGUUGAGAAAUUCUGCCCGUUUAUCAUCCUUGUUUCCAUUUGCUUUGCUUCAGAGACAGUCUGUCAAACCAGCCUUACCCACUAGCACCUGGAAAGACUUGGAAGAUGAAGAUGACUUGGUCAAGAGGGAUGAUGAAUUUGUUGAUCUAAGUGGGGAUAUGUUAUAACAUGUAUAUAGAUUACAGUAUGAAUUGUAUGUGGCUAAGCACUGAGUUUUAAAUGUUGUGCUGUGUCAUCAUAUAAGGAACUUGAGCAUCUGCAACCUGUUUAAUGGGUUUGUGGGGCUAAAAAUCCUUGAUUGGAAAGAAUUACUUGCUGUAAUUAACUGAGCAUGUUUUGAACUUCCAUUUCACUUUAACAAUAUUUAUUGCAGAAACAUAUUUUUAGCAUAGGUGUAAUAAAAAUGGGAGUCUUGGCUAGAGUGACCAAAUGGCCACUGUUUAAAAAAAAGAAAAACAGCAAAAGAAUACUUUCUACUGUAAAGGUGGAAUGAUAAAUGCAUAUGGCAACUAUCAUGCUAUCUUAACAGAACAUCUCUUUACCCUUCUGCUAAGAGUACUGGGAGUGGAGGACUGUGAUUUGCAGUUCCUCCCCCACAUAAACAGUGAAAGAUACAACUAACUGUGCACUCGCAAAUCAGCUCUUGACAGUUGAGGAAUACACUCGUGGUCACCAGGGGUUUUCUGUCUGCUGUUGGAUCAACAGAAGGGACGUACUUCCCCCUUCCCCAUUGUCACUGUCACUCUGUGUGGUGUCACGGUCACAGGUUGGCUGCUCUGAGCCUGUGCAUGCACUUAGCUCAAGGGCCAGAUGCAAGAGCUUAAUGACACAUUUUGAGUCUUAAUGUAUGGCUGCUGUGCUACAUGCCCUUGCUGCCUUGGAAUAUUAAGUUUGCUCUUAAUUUUAAGGAAUGAGAUUUCAAUUUGCCCUGAGUAUUUUUUCUCCGUUUAAGUGGAGUGAGACUUUCAUUUUAACUUUCCCCCAUUGAUGCCAGUUGCCUUUAAGGCUUUCUGUAGCUUGCACUGAGACUCUCCACAUAGCAGGGAAGACUUUUCCUGUAGUCCUGCAGCAAAGCAGGAUUUGCAGUCUGUUACCACUUGUCAUGAAUUGGUGGUACAGCUUAUGAAUGUGGUGUUUGUAGAACACUUAAUGUCCUGUUGCUGGAUGUUAUAACAGUACCUCAGUGAAAAAAGCCAUAAAGAAAUGCCUGUUGACUUGGAUCUACUGUGUGUAUGUUUAUACAAAUUUUUACUGCAAAUAAUUAUCCUUUGUAAAGCUGAAUAUUAUUUGACUGUUAGAGCUGGUUUGAACCCUUAAAUUCUGUAAUACCCCAAGAAGGGAUUCAAGUCAUAAAAUCGGUUACACUGAGAGGUUAUAUAUUGAAUAUUUUCUCUGUUCUCAUAACAAUUUAGAAAUCCAUGCUGGAAAACUAAGCUGGUGGAUAAACUGUUGCAUAAGCUUGAUCAGCUCAGUGAAACUGGGGAUAUUAAACUUUUGUUACUGACUUAUCACUUCAUACUGAGUUGUAUUAAUGUAUAGCAACAAUUCAUCAGCGGCCCUCUAAAAAUAAAUUCUCAUAACUGGGAAAGGGGAGAGCUUGACGCAGCUAUGCCAAAAUGAAGCUUCCCAGCUCUUAAUUGCCUUAAAGUCUUAGUGCGAGGACAAUACUUGAGUUUGUAGCAUUUUAUUUAAAAAUACACUAGUACUUAUGCUUUCUUCUGUGAUACGUAUGAUCUUUACAGCUACCACUUGCUAGAAUGGGCUGUACAGCACAUUUCCUUCAGACUUAGUUGUAAUUCAUGUGACUCAUGUAUGCAAUAAUACUUUGCAUGUUGAAUGAGCAGUGUAUUAUUACGGUGAAGAAAUACUUGUCAUUCUAAGGUCAUUUGGGUUCAAGGGUGGGGUUUUUUAACGCUGCCAUUAAAGAAAAGAUAUUAAAAUGAUUUUUCUAUACCUUUGAUCUAACUGUUGUAAUAUUUCAGUCAUGAAGAUUACAUAUUUGUAUUAAAGAACAGAUGUUGGACAUCUUAUCUGUACGUAAGUUAUCAGAAAUAUAUAUAGAAGAGAAGCAUAUAUCUGGAAUUGAACAUGGGAACACUUCUAAUGUAGAGUAAAUACUAUUGUUGCUGGUUUUCUGCACUGAAGGAUUGGAAAUAUACUUCAUAUUUUUACUCCAGGCUUCUGUUUAUACCUCCAAGUUUUAACACUGAAUGCAAGUUAGCAGUUUUACAGGUUUUUAUCUUCUUUUUUCCUUCUUUUUGUUAAAUUUUUGUUAAACACUGUUACUUCUAACAGGCUGUUUGAAGAGUGUCAAUAAAAUACACUUUGAA